UUUCGCUCCUUCAUACUCCUCUCCGUCUCUCCCCAGUUUGGUUCGCUUUCUCACUAUCAAAUCUAAGGUUUACUGCAACCAUGGCUGACAGAGGCGCAGGAGAAAGAGGAGCUUUUCGCCGUGGCUUCGGCGGUCCACCACGUGGUGAUCGCGGAGGCAGAGGCCGCCGUCGCGCGCGCCGUGAGGAGGAGGAGAAAUGGGUUCCAGUAACCAAACUAGGCCGCUUGGUGAAGGACGGAAAGAUCAGAAGUUUAGAGCAAAUUUACCUGCAUUCUCUCCCCAUCAAGGAGCACCAGAUCAUUGACACGCUUGUUGGCCCGUCCCUCAAGGAUGAGGUCAUGAAAAUCACCCCCGUCCAGAAGCAAACUCGGGCAGGGCAGCGAACUCGGUUCAAGGCUUUCGUCGUCGUAGGCGAUGGGAAUGGGCAUGUCGGACUGGGAGUCAAGUGCUCCAAGGAGGUUGCUACUGCCAUUCGUGGCGCUAUUAUAUUGGCCAAGUUGUCAGUUAUCCCUGUGAGGAGAGGAUAUUGGGGAAACAAGAUUGGAAAGCCACACACAGUGCCCUGCAAGGUCACUGGCAAGUGUGGCUCCGUGACUGUGAGAAUGGUGCCUGCUCCGCGUGGCGCCGGGAUUGUCGCUGCUCGGGUCCCCAAGAAGGUUCUGCAGUUUGCUGGGAUAGAGGAUGUGUUCACUUCUUCAAGGGGCUCCACGAAGACUCUCGGGAAUUUCGUUAAGGCCACCUUUGAUUGUCUCUUGAAAACCUAUGGAUUCUUGACUCCUGACUUUUGGAGGGAAACCCGCUUCACCAAGUCUCCAUUCCAGGAGUACACUGAUCUAUUGGGGAAACCAACGAAAGUCCUAAUUGAAGAUGCAGAGAGAGUUGAAGCUUGAUGCGGAGAAUCCAUUCCUGAGUUGUUAAAGAUGAGAAUAUAGGGCCAAGAAUUUGGUGUUAAUUUCUUUUUAGGUUCCUAAGACUACAAUAUGUUGUCAUUUUGUUUAUGGUUUUGUUGGAGAAUUUUGAAUUGGGUAAUAACUUUUACUGCUUUUAAUCAUUUUGGUAAUGGUAAUGGAUUGGUUUGUUUUCCUCUCAA